AUGGAGGAAGAGAGGAGGGAGUCGAAGAGACCAGCGAGUGCAGAUAGGGAAGAAGAUAAGCAAGGAGAGGAAGAGAUGGAGAAAUUCUACGCUUUGCUGGAGAACAUUAGAGCGAUGAGAGACUCCCUGAGGAGGAGCAGGCAUAAGAGGAUGAAGAAGGAAGCAGCAAAGCCUGUUUGGAAGCCGAGGUUUGAGAUGGAGGACUUCAAGGAGGAGGCUGGAGUCUGCAGCUCGGCGAUCAGCGUGACGUCGAAUCCACCACCCAAGGAUGGGGAGAGAAGGCAUGGGAAGGAGGAAGAGGAGAGAGAGGAGAAGAGCAGUUUGGAUCUCUCCCUCUCCCUCUCCCUCUAG